GGGCCGGCCUGGCGCUGCCCCCUGCGGGCCGGGCAUGGGCGGGCGCUGAGCGGGCGGCAUGGAGGCCAUCUGGCUCUACCAGUUCCGCCUCAUCGUCAUCGGCGACUCCACCGUGGGCAAGUCCUGCCUCAUCCGCCGCUUCACCGAAGGCCGCUUCGCGCAGAUCUCCGAUCCCACGGUGGGCGUGGAUUUCUUCUCCAGGCUGGUGGAGAUCGAGCCGGGCAAGAGGAUCAAGCUGCAGAUCUGGGACACGGCCGGGCAGGAGCGGUUCCGGUCCAUCACCAGAGCCUACUACAGGAACUCGGUUGGUGGACUCCUCCUCUUUGACAUUACAAACCGCAGGUCCUUCCAGAACGUCCACGAGUGGCUAGAAGAGACCAAGGUGCACGUCCAGCCCUACCAGAUCGUCUUUGUUUUGGUGGGUCACAAGUGUGACCUUGACACACAGCGGCAAGUCACCAGGCACGAGGCCGAGAAACUGGCUGCUGCAUAUGGUAUGAAGUACAUUGAGACCUCUGCUCGGGAUGCCAUUAACGUGGAGAAGGCCUUCACUGAUCUGACUCGAGAUAUAUACGAGCUUGUUAAAAGGGGGGAAAUUUCGAUCCAGGAGGGAUGGGAAGGGGUAAAGAGUGGGUUUGUCCCAAACGUAGUGCACUCUUCAGAAGAAGUGGUGAAAUCAGAUAGGAGGUGCUUGUGCUGAGCUCUUCUAGUGAGAGAAGUGGUGAUGAACUCUACUAACCAAACGUACUUUACUAAGUGAACUCAGUGUGCCAGAAGGGAGAGCAACGCUCCCGUUGUGAACAGCCUCCCACAGUCUUUUGGAUACGAGAACAGACCCAGGGAAUGAGUGUUCUGUUCCAUACAACUUUUCAGAACUGGGGGCUACAAACCUAACAGAGUGAGUGAGGGUGCAUGUAGAUUUUGUAAUGAGACAGCAAGCAGAAGUGAGGGACAGCAGAAGGGGGCAGAGCACACAGUUAGAUCUGAAUGGGCCAGCAUGUGCCACAGUGCUGUACGUGUCCUGUUUUAAGCAAAUCUGUAGCGCCAUGCUGGGUGCUGGAGCCAUGGCAUGGAUAGUGCUGUAGUAUGAGAAGCAGCAGAGAGAAAGAUGACAUCUUAAUUUGCAUCAGCUGCUUAUUAGCAGGAAGGUGUAAAGGCAGCAAGGGUACCAUUCCUUCCUAAGGCCAGUGGCAUAGGGAAAGUUUACUGGUGUGGUAUGCAUACUUCUGAAUUUUUUUCUUACAUUCUUGAACCUAGUUCAAUAGUAGAGUUCUCUGUGGCAUUUAAAGAGGAGAACAGUAGUUAUUUGAUUGGUAAUUACAAUUCAAAUGAUUUCCCCUAGUGUUUUUCAUGCUGUAAACUGGGAUUCUAAGUAGCAAUGCCUGCUGCAUUAGUAAUUAUUCAGUACAUUUUUAAACUAUUUACUGCCUCAAUGUGUACCUCAGUGUACCCUCAGUUCAGGGCUUUCCUGAAUAAUUAAGUGAUCCGGAGCAUAAAGAGAAAAACUUGUGCUCAUCUGCUGAAUCUUGAGGCUGGAGUAUGGCACCCAGGUGGGACACACCAACAUUUGUCUGCUAACAGCACUGUGCUAAUGUUUCGGGUGCCUUGUCAGCUGGGGCCACAAGGAAGAAUGGAAUGAAGUUGGGCAGGGCAGGGGAAACUUGAAAAGCUUAACUAAGGUGCAUCCACGAGGUGAGAUUUGCUUUUAAAGAAGUUGAAUAGCAUGGAAAGCAAUGGCUUCCAUCACUAUCUGCUGUUAAAGUGUCAUUUUCUUUCUUGGCAUCUGUGGAAGAAGAGAACUAGAACUGAGGAGGAGGAGCACAGAAGUGUGUGAGCAGGAGGAAAAGGAAAGCCCAAGACAAGCUCAAGAGUAAAAUUUGUUUUCCUCCUUGUUUUAAUUUGACUGGAGAUGAUCCUUAUCAGGUUGGUCAUUGCGGGUGGAAGCAGUUGUUAUAAAGGCUGUAUGUGGGUGGCCAUUUUCUGGGCAUGCUUUGUUUCCUCUAAGUUUCAACCAGCUUUACAAUUGCAGCAGGGUAACCUGUAGCAAAGUUCAACCUAUUUAAAACAAACAGAAACAAUAGUGACCUUUUUACUUGAGUUUGCAAGCUUUACACAACAAACUAAUGGGCAGGAGGGAGUAGGUAGAACUACAGGAAGCACCUGGUGUUUGAUUUUUAGGCCUCGAUGUAGAAAAAAGGUACUUGUUACAGCUUUUUUUAAGCUACCUCCAUCUUGAGUGAGUCUUGAGUGCUGUUGAAUUCAGACUGACUGCCCCAAGCCUCUUCGCAUAGUUUGCAGUACUUGUGCUGGUCUGUACGAAUGAAAGAUUCCUGUGUAUAAAAAAAGAACUCACCCUGAAGUUGGAUUACAUUUUCAUUUGAGUACUCUUGGAACAAUUUCAGUUCCUGAGCACUGCAGAGGAGGGCACUGGUAGCAAAUUAGAGUGAAGGAGGGAUGGCACUGGCCUAGCACCUGUUGUAAGCUGCCCGCUGCUGCACAACCCGGCCCCUCUUGGACAGGCUGUAGCUACACUGAGAGCCCUGUGCUAAGGCCCGCUGAGCUCCAGGCAGACUCGGUGCUGGUCAAGCUGAGUAACCUGAAGGUUCAAAAAAGAAAUCUCUUAAAAAAUCUCUUUCUAGGUAAGUGAAGCUGGAGAAGAUUGAUGCAGAGCACCACAGGAGCUGGGCUACCAUGGGCUCUCUACCUUCAGCUUCUGCUGACGCCAGUGGGGAGCACAAGGUUUGCUCAGACCGGGACUGCUAGUCCUGUUCUCACAAAGACGAGGGCAAACAGGUAUGAAAGGGUCAGUUUUCUUUUUCUUUCUUUCUUUCAAGGCCUGGCUAUUCACAGGUGUGGCUUAGGUCGCCUUGCUGACUAGCAGCUGUCCUAAGGGCAGAGCUUGAGUGCUCCAUUAAAGGCAGGUGAACCUUUAGAAAAGAUCAGUUUUAGCAAGAGUAAAACCCGUGAGCCUCAGUGCAGGAAAAGCUCAGUUUUCCCAAGACAGCUGCUGGUUUAUUUGAUGGCUUUGGACAUUGCGCUUCUCUCUCUCUCAGUCUUUCUGCUCCCAGAGGGAAAUUCCAGGAAACCUAAAUAAGCACGUAUAUUCAGGCCUUCAGAGUAAGUACUUGAUUUACAAACACGUGUCAUAAUGCUGAGGAGAAACAGUACAGAAGAAAAUGUAUGCAGUCUUAACUACUUAGAGGUAAUAAAUGGUUAUAUUAAAUGAUAGAUAAAUCGUUAUAUACAUCUUUUUCUAACUCCUUGCAUUUUUUAGGCAGCUUAUUAAAAUAUAGGAAAUGUAGAUUCCUCUGUACAAAAUUUGGAAUGUUUUUUCUAAGACGAAGAACUUAUAGGAUAUGCUAAGCAUUCUUUUCUAACAACUGGUUUUAACGCUUUGACUUCUGGUGCAAGAGGGAUUUAGAGAAAUCAAAGGUCACAACCUUCCACAGGAUAAAGGUCAGGAGCUCUUUUACUCUAGGUCAAAAAGAGAAACAAGAAAAGCUAACUUAAAACAAUCUGCAUGUUAGAUUCAAAUUGCUCUGAACCUCCAGAAUAAAAAACAUACUAUACACUUUCCUCGCUUUCUGUUAUGCACUGUAAUGAAAUGUGAAAAUAAUGCUGUAUUUAGCUGUCUGUAUGUGACUGGAAAUAUGCUUGUACUUAGCAAAAUGGUUACCAUGUGAUACUGUGAAAUUUAAAACUUGUAAAGAGACUGUUGGUUUUUUUCCUUCUCCCCUCCCUGUUCCUUAUCAGUAAGCUAUCUCAUAUCUGUACCGCUUCUGUACAGCAGCCCUAACUGGAAAUCUGGUACGGACCAGCUCAACAAUAAACAGGAUCUUUGCAAUGGCA